AUGCCACCAGAAAUCUCACAGACACACGAUCGGAUCACUUCUUUUGACAGGGUUCACACGAUGGAAGAAGAACACUCCACGAAAGGUCGACCGGAGAUGGAGGGAAGCCCACAGGAUCACGAUGACAUGACACGUAUGGGAAAAAUCCAGGAAUUGAAGCGCAACUUUCGACCCCUUGCAGCGUUGAGCUUUUCAGCUGUUCUUCAAGCUACCUGGGAGUUCAUACUCAUCUCAAACACGCAAGGUCUCGAAAAUGGUGGCCUGGCUGGCGUAUUUCGGUCUUAUGUGUGGACCUUCGUGGGGUUUGGCUUCAUCAUUGUUUCGUUAGCCGAGAUGGCUUCGAUGGCACCCACAUCAGGAGGCCAAUACCAUUGGGUAUCGGAGUUUUCCUCACCUCGUUACCAGAAGUUUCUGAGUUACACCACUGGGUGGAUGUCCGUACUAGCCUGGCAGGCAGGUGCUGCAUCUGGGUCAUUUCUAACCGGGACUAUCAUUCAGGGUCUCAUCUCCCUCCGCGACCCGACCUAUGAGCCGCAAAAUUGGCAUGGAACGCUGUUUGUAUUCGCGAUGAUAGCCGUGAUAUACUGUUUUAAUGUCUACGCAGCAAGCUGGAUGCCACGGAUCCAGAACCUCCUCCUUGCUCUACAUUUGAUAUGCUGGGUCGUUAUUGUCGUUGUCUUAUUCGCCAUGGCUCCUCACAAUUCCGCAAAAACCGUAUUUACCUCGUUCCACAAUGGUGGGAACUGGCCUACUAUGGGUAUCAGCUUGAUGAUUGGUCAAAUUACAGCUAUUUACGGCUCUCUGAGCUCCGACGCUACCGCACACAUGUCCGAAGAAGUUAAGGACGCAGGUCGAUACGUACCGAUAGCCAUCGCAUGGGGAUACUUCGGUAACGGAGUCCUCGCAUUGAUAAUACUCGUUGGAUUCCUUUUCGCUCUACCCUCCGUACCCGACGCGCUCAACGACAGCACCGGGUUCCCCUUCAUCUACGUACUACGCCAAUUCCUCUCCACCUCCGGCGUCAAUGGCCUCACAGCCAUAAUCCUGGUUCCAGUUAUAUUCAGCAACAUCCUCUUCAAUGCGUCAACCGCCCGUCAAACAUAUGCAUUCGCACGAGAUCGCGGUCUACCAUUCGCCCACUGGAUCUCGCGAGUUGACCCGCACCGACGAAUCCCAGUUCGAGCCAUCGCACUCUCCUGCAUGAUCAGCGGCUUGUUGUCGCUAAUUAACAUCGGCUCUCAAGUUGCAUUCAACGCGAUCAUAUCUCUCAAUGUUGCCGCCCUAAUGUACACAUACGCGGUGUCGAUAAGCUGCGUGAUUUACCGGAAGAUCGCCUGUCCCGAAACGUUGCCUCCUCGACGUUGGAGUCUUGGUCCUUUCGGUCUUACAAUAAAUAUACUUGGGUUGCUUUAUGUUCUUUUUGCGCUGUUUUGGUCUUUCUGGCCUCCCAGUCCUUCCCCUUCGGCGCGAGAUUUCAAUUGGAGUGUGGUUAUCUUCGUUGGAGUGUUUAUCGUUAGUCUUUUGAUGUACGCGUUCCAGGGAAGGAGGCAUUAUGUUGGCCCUGUUGUGACGGUUCAACGGAGCGAUUGA